AUGCCACCGGUGCCCGCCGAGACUGCUUUGUCAGCUACCACAGAGCAGCAGCCGCCGCCGCCGCAGCCUGCUUUCAGUAAUACCUGCAGCGCCACGCCGCACGCCCUUGCACUGCCCGUCGCAGGAGAUGGCGAUGACUGUCGGCGACUGGACCACUUUGUCGAAGAUGAGCCGCAGUCAAUUUUCAGACCUUUCACCAGAGAGAGUCUCGCCGCCCAACUGGCGCGCCUGGCCGAGGAGGCGGCCAAGAAGGCGCAGUUGGAGAAACUGCGGGAGGAAGGCAUCGAGCCUGAGCCGCAGUUCUACCACCACAGAGAAGAGCUCGAUCCGGAGCCGGGCCUCGAGGCCGGCUGUACGCUGCCGAAACGGAUCAUCAACGAUUUUCCACCUGAGCUGAUCGCCACACCGAUCGAAGAGUUAGAUAAAUACUAUGAAAAUAAGAGGACAUUUAUGGUGAUCAGCAAGGGCAAAGACAUAUUUCGCUUCAGCUCGACCAAUUCCUUCUGGUUACUCAGCCCUUUCAACCCCGUUCGUCGUCUGGCCAUCUGCAUUCUGGUGCACCAAUUAUUCAACUUCACUAUAAUUUGUGCCAUUCUAACCAACUGUAUUUUAAUGACUCAGGCUAGCGACGGAACCGAACAGACAGAAGCUAUAUUUACAACAAUAUACACAUUCGAGUCUAUCAUCAAAAUCUUGGCUCGGGGUUUUAUUUUGGAGCGAUUUACCUACCUUAGAGAUCCGUGGAACUGGCUUGAUUUCAUAGUAAUAACGUUAGCCUACGUAACGAUGUUUGUUAAUUUGGGCAAUCUCAGUGCCCUGAGAACAUUCCGUGUGCUUCGAGCUUUGAAAACCGUUGCUAUUGUACCUGGUCUGAAGACCAUCGUAGGCGCCCUUAUAGAAUCUGUAAAAAAUCUACGGGAUGUGAUAAUUUUGACUAUGUUCUCUCUGUCAGUGUUCGCCUUGUUAGGACUACAAAUAUAUAUGGGAGUUUUGACACAGAAAUGCGUUCAGAGACCUCCAAAAGGUCUUAGCAAUUCGGAGUGGUACGACUUUAUCCACAACGAAACUCAUUGGUUCAAAAAUGCUGACGGCAAGUACCCCUUGUGCGGGAAUAGUACAGGAGCAAAGCAAUGCUCAGCUGACUACAUGUGUAUUCAAGGGAUUGGCGAAAAUCCCGAUUACGGCUAUACCAACUUCGACACCUUCGGCUGGGCCUUUCUUUCGGCUUUCCGCCUCAUGACUCAAGACUACUGGGAGUCACUCUAUCAAAUGGUCCUACGAUCGGCGGGGCCCUGGCACAUGUGUUUCUUUGUCGUCAUCAUUUUCCUGGGAUCAUUCUAUCUUGUCAACUUGAUCCUUGCCAUUGUCGCAAUGUCAUAUGACGACUUGCAGAAGCGCGUCGAAGAAGAACUCGAAGAAGACCGCCUAUUAGAAGAAGCAAUGCGAAGAGAAGAAGAAGAUCGGGAAGAAGCGAGGGUCGAACUUGCCACCCGGCACGCAGAGGCUAAGCGUGAUCGGCGAGAAGGUCGGAGGGAAGAACGGGAAUUAGCUGCCGCUCAACAAGCUGCCGCCAACCAGCAGCAGCAGCAGCAGAUGGUAAAGAGCCCCUCUGAGUAUUCCAUGCGCUCGCUCGACGUCUCUCAGAAUCAAGGCCUAGACGAACAGACGAGUCUCAAGAGCGUCGACGGCGAUUUACGCACCACAGCUCCCUACAUGCAAAGUAGGAACAACGGCAAAGUCCAACGCAAGGCAAGUCUUUCUCUGCCGGGAUCACCGUUCAACAUCCGGCGCGGUUCACGGUCAAGCGGCAACUGGAGACCUAAUUAUCCAGUUGCCAACGGUAGCCGUGGAAGACAACCUUGUUACGGGAACAAGCCUGUGGUGCUCCAAACUUACGUCGACGCCCAAGAGCACCUUCCGUUCGCCGAUGAUUCGGCAGCGGUGACACCGAUGUCAGAAGACAACGGAGCCAUCAUUAUUCCUCUAUACUCCAAUCUGCAGCAUUCACGCAGAUCCAGCUAUACGUCGCAUUCCUCGCGUCUAUCGUAUACCUCACACGGGGAAGUUUACUGCCUCACUAAAGAAUCUCAGCUCAGAUCGAGGUCGCGGAAUCUCCAGAACUAUUUCUACGAUCAGGAAACGAGACUCGACUCCGAAGACUACAUACUGUCAAAAAUCAAGCAAGUCAACAAACCUUACAUGGAUCCUUUGAAUCGGCAGCCAAUGGUCGACAUGAAAGAUGUAAUGGUUCUGAACGACAUCAUCGAACAGGCAGCUGUCCACCAAAGUCGGACAGGCGAAAGAGCGUCCGUCUACUACUUUUCGACAGACGACGACGACGACGACGAUGAGGAAGACUCUACUGAAGAGGAGGAGGAAGAAGCGAAAUUCAGAGAAAAAUGCCUCGCAGGUUGUCUCAAAUGUAUCGAUAUCUUCUGUGUGUGGGAUUGUUGUUGGUGCUGGAUACGCGCCCAAGAGAUUAUUGGUCUCAUCGUAUUCGAUCCGUUUAUGGAAUUGUUUAUCACGCUGUGCAUUGUGGUCAAUACACUUUUCAUGGCUAUGGAUCACCACGACAUGGACCGAGACUUUGAAAACGUGCUUCGCUCCGGGAACUAUUUCUUUACGGCGACAUUCGCCAUCGAAGCAAGCAUGAAGCUCAUGGCAAAGAGUCCGAAAAAUUAUUUUAAAGAAGGUUGGAACAUUUUUGAUUUUAUCAUUGUUGCACUGUCGUUACUCGAGUUAGGCUUAGAAGGCGUCCAAGGAUUAUCGGUGUUACGUUCAUUUCGAUUGUUGAGAGUCUUCAAACUGGCCAAAUCAUGGCCAACGUUGAAUCUGUUGAUUUCCAUCAUGGGCAAGACCAUCGGGGCCCUGGGUAACCUGACUUUUGUGUUGGCAAUUAUCAUCUUCAUAUUUGCCGUUAUGGGAAUGCAACUUUUCGGGAAGAACUAUGUGGACAACAAGUGCUUGUUCCCCGAACAAAAAGUUCCCCGAUGGAACUUCCUGGAUUUCAUGCACUCAUUCAUGAUCGUGUUCCGAGUGCUUUGUGGCGAGUGGAUUGAAUCGAUGUGGGAUUGCAUGUGGGUAUCCGGCUGGCCGUGCAUCCCAUUUUUCCUCGCCACCGUCGUAAUUGGCAAUCUGGUCGUACUGAAUCUCUUCUUGGCCCUGUUGCUCUCCUCGUUCGGAGCAUCCAGCUUGUCACAGGCCAAUCCCGAUUCGGGCGAUACAAAGAAACUUCAAGAAGCGAUUGAUCGCUUUCACAGAGCUGGAAGAUGGGUGAAACGAAAAUUCAGAGACAUGUUCAUGCUGUGUUCCGGGAAACAGCGCAACCAGAUCUCGGACCAAACUUAUCCAGAUGAUCUCGACGCAGACACUGGAGUCAUCAUCAUGGAUGGUCAAGUCAUAAAGAGGGAGAGCCCAACACCCGAACUUAUAGAUAGGUUGGACAUUGGUUUUCAAGGUGACAAACAACAGGACAUUGUCAUGCAUAAGCUUAAAAACUAUUCCCGACCUAUCAUUGGCAACUCGAAGGAAUUCAGCAAUAAAGUGCAUCCGGGUCCGGAUAAUUACCUUCUGAAGCCGUCCAACGAAAGCCUCAUUCAGGACACAGAGUUGGGACCAAUUUCACUCAGUUCCCCAUCUUGUAUCGUCGACCAGCCAUUAUCCGCGCACGACAGUCUGCACCGGAACUCUGAAGGCCUCAUCACCCCGCUGACCGGAGGAUCUCCUUCGGUUCGCUUCAGCGCGGAGCUCGAUGAUAACCUUCAGCCGGGAGAUUUCAGAGCAGCAGAUGAAUCUCCCGGUACCGGUUCCGGGGACCGGCCGAUCAGAGGCGCGGAUAGUGGGGGCGACAAUGAAGAGAGCGCCGCCGACGAAGUCGACGCAAAGGAAGGGUCGGAGGGCGGCCACAACAUCGAAGCCGCGGCAUCCGAUCUCAUCAUUCCGGAACUUCCGGCGGACUGUUGUCCUGAAUGCUGCUAUGUGCGUUUCGCCUGCUGCUGCGUAGCUGACGAAUCAAUGCCUCUGUUCGCGAAAUAUAAGAUGUACCGAGCGGAGGCAUUUGCUCUGGUUGAGAAUAACUACUUCGAGACCAUUGUCGUCGUCCUCAUCUUGACCAGCAGCCUAGCUCUGGCUUUGGAAGAUGUCAAUCUGAAGCAACGUCCAUGGCUUGUCAGUAUACUUAACGUCAUGGACAAAACUUUCACUGUGAUUUUCUUCUUUGAAAUGUUACUGAAAUGGCUUGCUUUCGGCCUACAAAAAUAUUUUACCAACGCGUGGUGUUGGCUCGACUUCGUCAUCGUGUUCGUAUCUGUGAUCAAUCUAGUAGCGACCUGGCUGGGAGCAGGUAAAAUUCAAGCGUUCAAGACCAUGAGAACCCUGCGUGCCUUGCGCCCUCUACGAGCGCUUUCCCGCUUCCAAGGCAUGAGGGUCGUCGUUAAUGCUCUAGUCCAAGCCAUUCCUGCCAUCUUCAAUGUGUUGCUGGUCUGUCUCAUAUUCUGGCUGAUCUUCUCGAUCAUGGGAGUGCAGAUGUUCGCGGGCAAGUUCUACCACUGUGUUGACGCUAACGGCACACAGCUGAACUCGAGCUUCAUCCCGAAUCGGGAGGCCUGCAUAAACAACAACUUUACAUGGCAGAAUCCCAUGAUCAAUUUUGACAACGUGCUCAACGCAUACCUGGCCCUUUUCCAAGUGGCUACAUUCAAAGGUUGGAUCGACAUAAUGGCUCACGCUACGGAUUCCAAAUCAAAAGACGAUCAACCUGACUACGAAGUCAACAUAUACAUGUACCUGUAUUUCGUAUUCUUCAUAAUUUUUGGAGCAUUCUUCACACUGAAUCUGUUUAUCGGAGUCAUCAUUGACAAUUUCAAUGAGCAAAAGAAGAAAGCCGGAGGAUCUUUAGAGAUGUUCAUGACUGAAGACCAGAAGAAGUAUUACAACGCAAUGAAGAAAAUGGGAUCUAAGAAACCCGCAAAAGCCAUACCAAGACCAAGAUUCAAACUUCAAGCAAUGAUAUUCGACCUAACAACGAACAAAAUGUUCGAUAUGGCAAUUAUGAUCUUCAUCGUGCUCAACAUGACGGUUAUGGCUCUGGACCACUAUCAGCAGUCAGACCUGUUCGAAUCGAUUCUAGAGAGAUUGAAUAUAUUUUUCAUCGCCGUGUUCACUGCGGAGUGUGUGCUCAAAAUCUUUGCCCUCCGCUGGCAUUACUUCAAAGAACCCUGGAACAUGUUCGACUUCGUCGUCGUCAUUUUAUCAAUUUUGGGAACCGUGCUCAAAGAUCUUAUCGCCAAGUACUUCGUGUCACCGACUCUACUCCGAGUGGUGCGCGUCGUUAAGGUGGGCCGAGUUUUGCGUCUUGUCAAAGGCGCCCGUGGAAUACGGACAUUGCUGUUUGCCCUUGCCAUGUCAUUACCUGCUUUGUUCAACAUUUGUCUACUACUAUUUCUCGUGAUGUUCAUCUACGCGAUCUUCGGCAUGUCAUUUUUUAUGAACGUGAAACAUCGGUACGGCGUUGAUGAGAACUUCAACUUCGAAACAUUUGGUCAGUCCAUGAUCCUACUGUUCCAAAUGUGCACAUCCGCGGGUUGGAGCGACGUCCUGGCCGCGAUCAUGGACGAAACAGACUGCGAGGAACCAACGAUCGACGAAGACGGCGAAACCGAGGGAAACUGCGGCAAGAAAGGAAUCGCCGUAGCGUACCUCGUCAGUUAUCUGAUCAUUUCAUUCUUGGUCAUCAUCAACAUGUACAUCGCCGUCAUUCUCGAAAAUUACUCUCAAGCCACCGAAGACGUUCAAGAGGGUCUAACAGACGACGACUACGAUAUGUACUACGAGAUCUGGCAGCAGUUCGACCCUAAGGGCACCCAGUACCUACCCUACGCCCAUCUGUCGAACUUCGUUAACGCCCUUGAAGAGCCGCUCCAGAUACCCAAACCCAACAAGUACAAGUUGAUCGUCUUGGACAUCCCGAUCUGCAAAGGAGACAUGGUUUACUGCGUCGACAUUCUUGACGCGUUGACGAGAGAUUUCUUCGCUCGAAAAGGACAUCAAAUCGAAGAACCACCGGAGCUUACGGAACAAGUUAUACAUAUUGACCGACCUGGAUACGAACCUGUAUCGAGUACACUUCUCAGACAGCGACAGGAGUACUGUGCCCGAGUAAUCCAACACACGUGGCGGAGAUACAAGGGUGAGUACGAUGAUUCCGACGAUGAGGCCGGAGGAGCUCAGGAUACCGCCAUCGUUGUUGUGGAUGGAGACGACACAAAGACCAAGGUGGUUAUCCGCACAUCACCCCCUCCGCCGAAGGACGCGACUCGAUCCGACGCGCAGGUAUAG